AUGGGUUUACGACGAUCAAUCAUAUUAUUAAUGUCCUACAUUUACCGAUUUAUUGUGUCAGCCAAUCGAAAUCCUUAUUGUUGCAGACUUGCUAUUCUUGCAACGAUAACAUAUUUCAUCAUUACUGCAUUUUUUCUAUUAAAAAAACCGCCAGUGAGUUUAAGAACGAGUUUUGCUGACAAUGAUUUAAGACAACAACUAUCGCAAGACGAGAAACAAAUUGAAAAUAUUCCAGAUAUCAUGAAAAGAUCGUGUUUAUCUUCCUGUAUAAAUAAAGCUUAUAAUAAAAUAGCAUUGAGACAAACCCAUGCACCAAUAUCCCAUGAAGCACGUUUACGUUAUUCAUUUAUCGAUAUUGAUCAUCUUAAUGUUGAUAUUGAUUAUCUUGAUGAAGAAUAUCGUCCUUCACAACAAUUAAAUAUCAACCUUCCAUCGCCAAAAAGUCAUCCAUAUACACGUAUGCUUAAAGCUAAAGGUAAUUUAUCCGUUAUCAUAUACAAUCGAUUACCACAGUGUUAUGAAUUUACUAUGAGGUCAUUAUUACAAGGUAUAUCUUAUCUUCAUUCCUAUACUUAUAUAUCAAGUGAAAUAUAUGUUCCAUUUUCUUAUGAUAAGUCUGCAUUAAUAUCGAUAGCACGAUCAUUAAAUAAACAUGAAUUUAAACAGUUAAUAUAUGAACGACAUAUAUAUUUUUUUGAUUAUUAUGCAUUACAGUUUCCCAAUCAUCCCGUAUGGAUUAAUUUAGUACAUGAUCCAAUAACUCGAAUAGCAACAGAAUAUGAACGUUCACGUGAAAUUUGUCGAAAGACAAAUCGUUGCUUUGUACAAAAAGAUACAAUAAAUGAAACACUUAAUGAAUGUGUUGUAAAACGAUCACCAAAAGAAUGUAUUUCAUCUCAAAAUGGUAUUGCACGAAUGUUACCAUUUUUUUGUGGGUUAACAUUUCCAAAGCGAUGUCAAGAAGAAAAUGAUUGGGCAUUACGAAAAGCAAAACAAAAUAUUAACCUUUUCUAUUCAGUUGUUGGUAUUGCAGAAGAAUUUUAUAAAUUUUUAUACGUUCUUGGUAUGUUUUUUUUAAUUUCAAUUUAA